CCAAAUCCGAUUACAACUUUACGUUGGCUGUGGUGGGCGACUAAACAAAUCCCAGAACGAAGAACGCAAACUCUCACGAUUCAUCUUCAUCUCCAUCUACAAGGCUAUUCGACUAUUCGUUGGGUGAUUACUGAUUAGGAAUUGCGAGUUUUUUGGCCGACAUCAUCAUUCAAUCGCUUGCGGCUCGCCUGAUCAGAGAUUAUGCCUCCCGUUCCCAAAUACAAAUACCUAUCUGGUUGUCAAAAACGUAAAAGGAAGAAGCUAGAGGAAGAAAGAGCAAAGGCUGACAAAGGGCCGCGUAUACACAAAUUUUUCUCAAAACUAUCUCAAAGUUCUAGUUCUAAUGUGGAUGCUAACGUGGGUGAAGAUAAUGCGGAUGUUAAUGUGGAUGAAGCUAAUAUGGGUGAAGAUGAUGCUAAUGUUAAUGUGGAUGAAGCUAAUGUGGGUGAAGGUGAUAUGAAUGCUAAUUUGAAUGAAGCUAAUAUGGGUGAAGAUGAUGUUAAUGUUAAUGUGGAUGAAGCUAAUGUGGGUGAAGAUGAUGUUAAUGUGGAUGAAGCUAAUGUGGGUGAAGAUAAUGAUAAUGGUAAUCCUAGUAUUGAUAUUUUUGAUCCUAGAACUUGGGAUUCGCUUAAUCCUAACUUGAAAAAUGAAUUGGUUAAGAAAGGCCCAAAAAGAGAGUUGACUAUUGAUAAGGGUCCCGUGGAUAAAGAUGGAAGGCGAUUUUCUAAAGUCAUGUAUACUAGAAUUCUAUCAAACAGGGAGACACGUGAAAGAGAAUGGCUAGUGUAUUCAAAAGAGCUUGACAAACUCUUUUGUUUUUGUUGUAAACUUUUUAAACAAGGGCAUCCGAAAGGUGGGUUAGAUAACGAAGGUUAUGCGGAUUGGAGGCAUGCUUCUCAAGGUCUUAAAGCGCAUGAAGUUAGCUUUGAACAUCUCAAGAAUAUGCAUCAAUGGUUUGAAAUGCGCCAAAGGUUAGAAUGCAAUGAAACAAUUGACAAAGGAACUUAUGAGCAAUUCAAAAAAGAAAGAGAUUAUUGGAAAGAAGUUAUCUUUAGGAUUAUUGCUCUUGUGAAAUUUCUUGCUAAACAUGGACUAGCAUUUCGCGGAAAACAUGAGAAGUUGUAUCAAAAGAGCAAUGGAAACUUUUUGGGUUUGAUUGAGAUGUUGGAAGAGUUUGACCCGGUUAUGAAAGAGCAUGUGCGACGUAUCAUGAGUGAUGAACUCCAUGUACAUUAUCUUGGGCAUAGCAUUCAAAAUGAGUUGAUACAAUAACUAGCUCAUCAAAUUAAAACAGAAAUCAUCACGAAGAUAAAGGAAGCAAAGUAUUACUCCAUAAUACUAAUUAUGCGACCAUUGAGGAAUCUUUUUUAGGUUUUUUGGUUGUUGAUGAUACUACCGGUAAAGGACUUUUUGAAGUUACGUCUAAGGAAUUAGAGUCUCUUGGUCUUAAUAUCGGUGAUAUGCGUGGUCAAGGCUAUGAUAAUGGAGCAAACAUGAAGGGAAAAAAAAGUGGAGUUCAAAGGAGAUUCUUAGAAAAAAAUCCUAGAGCUUUGUAUAGUGCUUGUGGUUGUCAUAGUCUUAACCUUGCACUGUGUGACAUGGCUAACACCAUUACUAAGUCUAGAGAGUUUUUUGGAACAAUACAACGCAUUUAUACGAUCUUUGCCAAUUCCAUUAAUAGGUGGCAUAUUUUAAAAGAAAAUGUUAAAGGGUUGACUCUUAAGUCAUUGUCUACCACUCGUUGGGAAAGUCGUGUAGAUAGCAUUAAGCCUAUUAGAACUCAACUUGUAGAUGUAAGAAAAGCUUUGAAAGAAGUUAGGGCCUCAGAUAAUGAUCCUAAAAUUCAAAGCGAAGCUAAAUCACUUGAAAAGCAUGAGGUUGGUGACUAUGAAUUUUUGGUACAGAUCGUCAUUUGGUAUGAAAUAUUAUCAAAUGUGAAUGUGGUGAGCAAAAGAUUGCAAUCAAAGGAUGUGGUUCUUGAUGUUGCUAUUGAUGAAGUGGACAAAUUGAUUAAAUACUUCAAAAAUUAUAGAGAAGUGGGGUUUUCUAAGGCAAUUGAUGAAGCUAUAGAAAUUGCCAAUGAAUUGGGUGUUGAUGCGGAAUUCCCUAAAAAACGUGUGAUACGUAGGAAAAAGCAAUUUGAUGAGAAUUCAAGUGUAGAAGAAGUUAUAUUUUCACUCGAUGAGGAUUUUAAAGUCAAUUACUUUUUAUGUAUUGUAGAUCAAGCUAUAAGUUCUCUUGAAACAAGAUUCGAUCAAUACCAAAAAUUCGAAAAAAUAUAUGGUUUUUUGUUUCCUAAAAAGUUGAAGACACUUGAUGAAAAAGAUCUUAAGUCUUGUUGUUAUCGUCUUCAAGAUGCAUUGAAAUGUAACGAAGAAUCGGACGUUGAUGCUAAAGAACUUUAUUUGGAGUUGAAGUUGAUCAAGACAUUCUUACCGAGUCACAUUGUUAGCCCUAUUGAUGCUUUAAACAAUAUCUUUCGGCUAGGUGAUUUUCCUAAUGCUAUAAAUGCAUAUAAAGUGCUUUUGACAAUUCCGGUAACAGUGGCAUCGGCAGAAAGAAGCUUUUCAAAAUUGAAGUUGUUGAAGUCUUAUUUGCGAUCGACAAUGUCCCAAGAAAGACUUAAUGGCUUGGCGAUGAUAUCUAUUGAAAACGAAAUAUUAGAAGGUAUGGACUAUAAAGACUUGAUCGAGAGCUUUGCUUCCAAAAACGCUAGGAGAGCCUCACGAUUUGCUUAAGUAAGUUAGUUUGAUUAUUUUGCUACACUACUAUU